AUGCUUAAACUGACUGCUUAUGGCGUAUUUGCGUCCUUUCUUAUUGAUAAUGUUCAACCUAUCCCAGUUACGUCUGUGACACUCGUCGCCGGCUUGACCAUUAAUAUUGAGCAACAGGCCCUAGACCUCUCACUUAUUGAUCUUUUGCAGGCUUUUGGAAUGACGCUCCCAGCUCCUCGUGAUACCGUAAGUAAGAUGGUUGUCAACAAACGAGGCAACGCCGAGGACUUCCGCGAAGAGGCCUACACUCGUGCUGGGACUAUGACAUAUCCUGAACGACAAAGUAACGCCAAUACCGAGGACUUCCGGGAAGAGGUCUAUACCCGUGCUGGAACUGUGGCCUAUCCUAAAGUAGUUGAAGGACGCAGCAUCGACGUAUAUAGCAGUCUAUUAAUCCGCGAUAACCUGACCUAG